AUGAUGCCCUCAAACCAAACGUCCCAUAAUGCCACAUGGGUCCCUGGUGAUUUUCAACACCCUAACGAACAUAUCCGCCGUCCUAUCCAGAUCUCGCUUGUUUUUGCCUUUACCUUGUCUACUCUCGCCGUCGUACUCCGCCUGGUUGCGAGAAGGCUUACUAGCAGCAAAUUAUUCUUGGACGAUUGGUUGAUUCUGGUUGCUCUGCUUUUCAAAUAUGGAUGCUCGAUCGGAACUGCAAUCCUCCUUUGGAAUGGAUUGGGAUCGCACAUCACCAUGGUGCCCAAGGAAAACCUGGAGACUUUCUUCAAGAUCGGAUGGGCCAAUCCAUUCCCGUACACCGCUACAGUCGUAUUCGUCAAGCUAUCGAUCCUGGCACUGUACAAGCGCCUGUUCGCCACCAAAAAGAUGCUGACUGCGAUAUACAUUGUGGGAACGAUUGUUCUUAUGUGGGCCGUGGCCGUCUUCGUGACUACUGGCUUGAUGUGCAUCCCCGUGAACAAGUUCUGGGAUCCCACUGUCGAGGGAGCAUGCAUCGACGCCGCCAAGUUCUAUUACGGCAUCCAGAUUCCGAACAUCCUCACGGAUGCCAUUCUUCUGUGCAUGCCACUGAAUGUUGUCUGGAAAUUGCCCAUCGCCAAAUCCCAGAAACUACUCCUUUCCGGUGUCUUCCUCGUCGGUGGCUUGACCUUGGUCUUCGACAUCGUCCGCUUGUACGCCAUGAUUGAACUCACCAAGGCGGGCCCGGAUAUCACUUAUAACCAAGCCCCCGUGGCCAUGUGGACCUGCACCGAAGCCGCCGUUGGCAUCAUCGCAGCCUGUCUUCCGAACCUGCGACCCUUGUUCAAGACCAGCGGAAGAGGUUUCUGGUCCCAGCUUCGGUCUUCAGCCCACCGAUCCGGUUGGUCUGGUGGAAAGUCGAGUGGCAACUCCAACUCGACCGACUCGACCGACUCUACCGGCAACACAACAAGCACCUCCGACACAGCUGUCAGUAUUUCCACUCCGACAAAAGAGAUUGACUCCCGCGUCUCGGUGCAGACUGUGGAUACCACACAGUACAAUGAUUAUAUGAAGGGCGUCAAGGCUUAG